UUUGUUUAAACAAAACCAGCACGUUUUGAGAGUUAGGGUUUCCACCGACCAGCUUCAUCACCGAAUCUUCAUGCGAUAAAUCGCUGAUGCGGACGGGUUCCCGUUUCGCCAAUUCUCGACGGCUUGCUCUGGCAUUUGAAGCAUUCUCGCUGCGUACCAACGAAGUUUGGCACAUCCGCGUCGCUUCUUGGCCGGCCGUUGUGCAAAUCUUGUGAAUUAUUAUUUUUCUGGCAGCUUUGGUGCUGAAUUUCACAAUUUGUACGGUUGUGCAGGGAAUAAUUGUAUUUAUGAGUAACUAUUUUAUUGUAUCCCUUUGUGUGAGAAGGCCAUCCUUGUGCUCCGAAUCAAAAUCUUCCUAUUCUUGUAUUCAAAAUGUCUUAGAAGAUUGAUCGUGCCUUUUAUUGGAAACAAAAGAUUUUGAGGAUCUUUUACCUAUAUAGCACGAGCAUAUGGCUUCUCCUGAAAAGCAAGAUGACAAAAAGAAAAUCAGUACAAGGGCCAAGAAACACUCAAAAACUCAGAAGCAGGAUUCAAAGCCAGGCAGUUCUAGAAUUAAACUCUCAAAAUCUGGCAUUUCAAGCUCUCAGAAAGUUGGGCCUAAAAAGCAGACUGCCCAAAAUAAGCUCAUUCCUCAGUAUGAAAAAGCAAAUAUGGUAAAUGGCGCAGCAAAAGUUUCUAAUAAAUCUGUAUCCAAAAGAAAGAAAUCUCUUCCUAAACUGAAAGGAAGCUACAGCUUAAGAUCAUUAGAUCGAGGUAGAGUUCUUCGAUCAAAGUUGAGUACAGCAAAAUGUAAAACUACUAUGAAUCCAGGAAGCAAUUCAGAAAAUUUGGUGACAAGAAAAAAGAAAGUUGGGAAGAAAAAGAUAAAAAAAUCUGGUCAGGACGAGCUAUCUCGAGUAAAGAAACACAUUAGAUAUAUGUUGAAUCGAAUGAAUUAUGAGCAGAGUUUGAUUGAUGCUUACUCUGGUGAAGGCUGGAAGGGACAAAGUGCAGAAAAACUCAGACCUGAAAAGGAGCUUGAGCGUGCUAAAUCUGAAAUUUUACGGUGUAAAUUGAAGAUACGGGAGAUAUUUAAGCACCUUGAGUCUUUGCUUGCUGAAGGAAGGCUUCAGGAAUCAUUAUUUGAUCCUGAUGGAAUUGACAGUGAAGAUAUAUUCUGCGGUAAGUGUGGUUCCAAGGAAGUGUCAGCUGACAAUGAUAUCAUUCUCUGUGAUGGUGUAUGUGAACGUGGUUUUCAUCAGAAGUGUUUGAAUCCUCCUCUGUUGAGUGAAGAUAUUCCUACUGGAGAUGAAGGAUGGUUGUGCCCUCAAUGUGAUUGCAAAGUAGAGUGCAUUGAUUUGCUUAGUGAGUUUCGAGGAACUGAUCUAUCAAUUGAGGACUCAUGGGAAAGAAUUUUUCCUGAGGCAGCAGUUUUGGCAAAUGGAAAUGGCCAGUAUGAUGACCUCAAUCUUCCAUCGGAUGACUCUGAGGAUGAUGAUUAUAAACCUGAAGCUCAAGUAGUUGAAGUAGAUGACCAAGAGGAAGAAUCGGGUGAAUCAGAUUCAAGUUCCUCAUCUUAUGAUUCUACAUCAUCAGAUGAUAAUAGGAACCAAGCUACUGUUGAAUUACCUUCGGAUGAUUCUGAAGAUGAUGACUACGAUCCUGAUGCUGUAGAUCCAGACAAAGAAAUUCAAAAGAGCAAAUCCAGCUCAGACGAAUCUGAUUUUACUUCUGAUUCCGACGAAUUUUGUGCUGAACUCAAGAAAAUCUCAUAUGCUGAAGAAGCUUCUUCAUGUUCUCAACCAAAUUUGGAAUUUUUUGUUGAUUCUGGUAGAGAUGAAAUGAAGGAUAAAGAUAAGAUAUAUGACUAUUAUGAGGUACCUUCUGCUAUGCUAGAUAUAGACAAACAAGAAAGUGGGUUAAGUUUGUCAAAUAAAAGGGGCCGUGAAAGGUUAGAUUACAAGAAGCUAUAUGAUGAAGCAUAUGGUAAAUCAUCCUCUGAUUCUAGUGACGAUGAAGAUUGGACUGAAAUGAGUUCACCAAAGAAGCUGAAGAAAACUGAUGAUCAAGGAAUUGAGGUUGCCAAUGAUGUUUUUGUAAAGGUAACUCCAAAAUUGCCUAAAAAAAUCGCAAGUUCUUCUGCAGUUGAGAAAGAUCAUGGUCCUCAAGAACCCGGUUCUAGUGGCUGUAGUUCUGCUACUGUUCUUAGAAAUUCUGAAGUUGCUUCUAAGAAAUUAUCGGAGUACUUAAAAAAAAACCAGUACCCAACAAAGAAAGAGAAGGAAAGUCUUGCUCAAGAACUCAGCAUGACAUACAAGCAGGUUACCAAGUGGUUUGACAAUGCACGGCAUAGUUCCCGUGUUUCUUCCAAGCAAUUGAGCAAGAUUUGUACGGCGACUUCCAAGGAAGUUUCUGUUCACUGUGAUACUCCGGCAAGCCAUUCUGAGCCUGACAAAGGAGCCGCAGCAAAAUCACCUUUAUCAUCCAAGCUGUUUAAAGCCACUUACAAAAAGAAACUUGAUGAAGCCUUCCAAGAAAGCCAAUAUCCGAGCAGGGAAAAGAAGGAAGAGCUGGCUCAAGAACUCGGCAUGACAUUCCGAAAGGUGAGCAGAUGGUUUGAAACUGCACGUCGUCGUUCUCGUAGUAAGGAAUCCAGCAAUCCCUGCAGAAUUCCUGGUAGCCAUAAAUUUGACAUAGAUGAGGAAGAAAAAACAACUGGAGCUUCCACUCCAGAUACACCUGCAAAUGCGAAGCCUGACAACAGAGUAUCCCCUCUAGACAAAGUUAGUACCCCUACAAGCAGCACAAGUCCUUGGAGGCAUGACCAUGAAAUAGAUCUUGAUUCGCCAAUUGCAAAUGGAGCGGCUUCGAAUGCGAAGGAAAAGAAAGCAGCAGUAGACGAUCGGCAAAAGGCCAUAGCUAAAGAGCUGAGGAGGAUGAGGAGAGGUAGAUAGCAUAUUUUCAAUGGAGAAGCUUCUUUGCUUCUCUCCUGAAAGUGAAGUGAGUGGAAAUGCUGUGGGACUGGUUUUUUGGCCUGUAUUAUGGGCCUGUUCUGAUGUAUUUUGCUUGAAUAUGACUUGGAUUCAAGACGGGCAGCCUUGGAGCCCUUCUUGUAGAAUGAUGAAGAUAAUUAACAUAUCUUAGUGGAACUUUGCAAUUAGGAUAUCCUCAAGGCUUCUGCUAUUGGAAGUCCUUUGAA